AACAUCUUUUACAUAUCUCCCUUCCCUUCACCCUCCUCGUCAUCCUCCUCCCGGCCCUCCUUCCCUCUCUUCUAUCCCUUCCUUCCAGUCCUCUCCCUCCUCCCCUCCCCGCCCCCGACACCUCGUUUUUUUUCCCCAUCGGUGUCGACGAGGAGAGCGGAGGGCGCCCCUGCCAGAUCUAGGGUUCCCUCGCCGCGCGUCCUUCGAGGAGAGGUAGAGAGACAGAGAGGGAGGGAGGCUGCGUCAUGAGGGCCACCGGGGAGCACACAGCUGCGGUUUCCAUCCCGGCCCCGCCGCCGACGCUCGCGGCCGAGGAAGCCGAGAAGGAGAAGAAGAAGAACCGCCGCCGCCCCGCGCGGCGCUCCAAGCAGGCAGGCGCGGCCCCCGUCGCCGUGCCGCAGGGCCCGCACGCGGACGCCGCGGCGGGGCCGAGGUCGGUCAGAUCGAUGCCGCCCAUGCACGUGGGCGGCGGCGCCCGUGCCGACGCCGAGGCGGAGGCGCCCGCGGCGGGGACGAGCCAGUCCUGCCCCCUGCUGCCCACGCCGAGGCCCGCGGAGGCGCUCGAUGCGAGGGCGGGCGGGGGAGCUCCCGGGAGGCGGCACUUCCAGCCUCACUGGCCUGAGCGGGCCGUGGAGGAGGCCGUCAAGAGAGGGCAUGCGUUUGUGGGGAAGUUCCGGGUUAAUGCACACAACCGAAAUGAGGCGUACUGCACGAUUGAUGGCAUCCCGGUGGAUAUUCUCGUUACUGGGUUGGCGCAAAACCGAGCGGUUGAAGGCGAUCUUGUUGCUAUCACACUGGAUCCUGUUGUUCACUGGACUAGAAUGAAAGGACCGAACGUUACAUGUAACCCUGCGAUAGGAGGGGAUUCUGUGGUCCGCGAGAAUGGUGAAACAAAUGGGAAUCAUAGUCAGAAGAAAGGACAAGCAGAUGCUGGCUGCAGGUUUGAAAAUUGCAGUAAUGGUGUACCUGGUUUGGGCAGGACGCAUCUCCCUCACAAGAACAGUGGUUUUAGUCAAGCUGUUAAGUGUGAAAAUGGGAAUGCUACUGUCCUGGAAAGUAACGAGAGAGACUUGAAUGAUGGAAAGAGUGAGGCAGCAAGAGCAUUACAAAGGAUCUGCGCCAUGAUACACACUCACCCAGGCAGACGUCCUACUGGGAAAGUAUUAUCAGUCAUGAAGAAGUCCCCACGCCGUGAUGCCGUUGUAGGUUUCCUUGCUUCUUUUCCAGAGUUCCCUGAUGGAGAGCAGCAGAAAAAUCAGAUGGGUGGAAAGAAGAUGAACAACAGAGCACAAUCGGCUGUUUCAGGCUUGAUUUUUCUCUUGCCUACUGACCCCAAAUUCCCCCAGAUGGUUGUUAGUGUUAGCACUUUGCCAGAUAGUGUCAGACAGAGCCUAAGAGAAGGUGAUGCAGCGAUAGAGAAGGAAUUGGUCGCUGCACGACUGGAUGAAUGGAAUGAGGAAAGUCUCUAUCCCUAUGCACGUGUUGUACGGUUCUUGGGAAAGGGUGGACAUGUUAAAACGCACAUGGAUGCUAUAUUAUUUGAGAAUGCUAUAUCUGAUACCGAGUUUUCCCCCGAGUCCUUGGCAUGCCUUCCUGACAAUUGUUGGAAGAUUCCUCAGAAAGAACUUGAAGCAAGAAAAGAUUUGAGGAAGGUCUUGACUUUUACAAUAGACCCUCCUACUGCAUCAGAUCUUGAUGAUGCUAUAUCAAUUGAGAUACUCUCAGGAGGAACUGUCCGUAUUGGGGUUCACAUUGCAGAUGUUUCUUACUUUGUCCAUCCAGAGACUGCGUUAGAUGCUGAAGCUCAAAGUCGAUCUACUAGUGUUUACACCUUGAAACGUAAAAUAUCAAUGUUGCCUUCAAGACUUUCAGAAGAACUGGUUUCGCUUAAUCCAGGUGUAGACAGGCUUGCCUUUUCAAUCAUUUGGGAUAUUGACCCUCAUGGGAACAUAGUAAGUCGUUGGAUUGGUCGAAGCAUCAUCUUUUCUUGCUGCAAGCUGUCAUAUGAUCUUGUGCAAGAUUUGAUUUGUAGUGACGCCAGUCAGUCUAGAUCUGCUGUUUCUUCUCUUCAAGUGCAUGGUAUAUUUGAACGAGAUGAUGUUAUCAAGUCCCUUAGAGGCCUUUAUGAGGUCUCAAAAAAUCUGAAAGAAAUUAGGUUCAAGAGUGGAGCUCUUUCUCUUGACACUGCAAAGCUUAUGAUCUUGUUUGAUGAAGAUGGGGCUCCAUGUGACAGCUAUCGCUAUGUUAGGAAUAAUGCAUGCUUCAUAGUUGAGGAGCUUAUGUUGUUGGCAAAUAUGUCAGCUGCAGAAGUUAUAUCUAAUGCUUUCCCUGAUUGUGCCUUACUUCGUAGGCACCCUGAACCUAAUUUGAGGAAGUUCAGAGAGUUUGAGGCAUUUUGUGCUAAGAAUGGUUUUGAGUUGGAUGCUUCAUCAUCUGGUCAACUUCACCUUUCACUUUCCAGGGUAAAGGAAAAAUUGCAAGAUGAUCCUGUUCUCUUUGAUAUUCUCAUGUUUUAUGCUUCAAAGCAAAUGCAGUCAGCAGAAUACUUCUGCACAGGGGACCUGAUAAGCAAGAAAGAUGAUUGGGCACAUUAUGCUCUGUCUGUCCCUUUAUAUACACACUUCACUUCACCGCUUCGAAGAUAUCCUGAUAUUAUUGUUCACAGGACUCUGAAUGCGGUAAUUGAGGCUGAGCAAGUGUAUAUGAAGCAAAAAAAAUCUUCCACAGGGCAGAAUGGACUCAAAGCAUCUUGUGAAUUGAUGGAUAGAUGUUUUACAGGCCUCCAAUUUAGUAGGGAUGCUGCUGAAUCUGAAGAAGGGAAAAAAGCACUUUCUGCUGCAGCCAAGAAAUUUAGGGUUCCUUCCUCUGAAAAUCUCGGGGAGGUUGCUGAACACUGUAAUGAAAGAAAGUGGGCUGGUCGUCGUGCAGAAGAAGCUGGACAGAAGCUCUAUAUGUGGGCUCUGAUAAAGAACAAAGAGAUUGUGGUCUGCAAUGCUAGAGUUCUGGGUCUAGGACCAAGAUUCAUGUCAGUUUAUGUGCCGAAGCUUGCGAUGGAACGAAGGAUAUAUUAUGAUGAAGUCGAGGGCCUAACUGUUGAGUGGUUGGAAGCCACUGGAACGCUAGUGCUUGAUGCAUGCAGGAACAAGCCUGCUCAAAGGAGGGGAACUCAGAUGAAGAGCAGGCCAAUUGAGGAAGUCGCGAUGGUGGUGAACCCUUCAGAGACGAUGUUGUCUGAAGAAGAUGAGGAAUCAGGAGCAACAGAAGCUGGCGGCUGCACUGCCAAGUCUGUUUUGUUGAGUGGCGACGCAGUGAAAGCUCCAGACGCUCCAGCCGUUCUGCCCCUGGUGAUACAUUACCUGAGUGACAUCCCUGUGGUUCUUCAUGCAACUGGUGGUGACAAUUGUGCGGUGGACAUUGGAGUAAGACUGUACAUGGCGUCAUACUUCAAGUGAUAGGACACAUCACAUCAAGACGGAAUAAUUGGCCAAUUUUAACAGUUUCUCAGUUGAACAAAAGUAAUAAAAUGACGGUAGGCAAAUUCCAGACUUAGUUCUGUAGAUAUUUUAUUCAUGUAUAGUUAAUUAGCUACCUUUCCAGCUCAAAAAAAAAAAUCCUACCCUUAUCUGUGCUUUGCCACCUAUGACAUUUGAGAGUUUGCCCGCAGAGUCAAGUGGCUGCCGUUUUUAUUCUCAGGCUGCUUGAUGAGGUACCAGACUGGUGGAAGAGUGAGUGAGUCUACACUAGUGAUGGACUAUUUUCUUAGUCUCUAAUGAUUUUGUUCUAGCUUGUGAAACCACCUGAAGUAUUUUUUUUACUGGUGGGGUUCACUCAGAUGUUGGAUCUGUUGCAUUGUUACUUCGGACAAUAAAGGUCUCUUAGUGACUGCUCGUGGAUGUCAUUUGUGUUAUUCAUUUGUUUCAUGAGGACAAGACAAUACAUACUGCAGUGCCUCUAAAUGAAUUUGUGGUCUUGUUAUUUA